UUGCAAGUUUGAACAGUGACAAAAACCAAUAGUUAAACCAACACACUGAAUCAUAGCUAUUUUUUAUUAUAUUAAUUAAAUUUAUCAAGAUGACAUUGACAUGUGUGUCAUUGUGUUUUUUUAUCAUUGUCAAUUUAAUGACAGAGAUACAAGGAGCUUCUGUUGAGCCACUGACAAUGGUGAUGGGACCAAAUGGUGUACCAAUUAUGAUAAGCAUGCAAAAUAUGAAACAACCAUCAUAUGGACAAAGAGCAAUGAUAUUUACUGGUUAUUACCAGCCAAAAAAAAAUUCUAAUCAACGUGUUCCUUUUGAUAGUAAUUUAGUCAACAGUGACAAUGAUUCAUUGGCUAAUGUUAAUCCAGGUCCAGAGAAUGUUAAUGAUCAAUUUGAUAAACCAGAAGCUUCAUCUAGUGUCGAUCCAAUGAUCCAAGAAGAAACAACGAUUCAAUCAACUCCAGAUGAUUUGCUGGCAUUGACAACACAAAUUCCACUGGUGCAACGAGAAAAAUCUCCAGCUAUUAAUCCAGAAGGAAAAUCUCGUAAAUCAUCAAAUGGAAAAAAGACAGUUGUUGUCAAGGAAGAAGAGACUGAUCAAGAUAAUGAGGAAGAAAAUGAAGAAGAAGACGAUGAAGAUGAUGAUGAUGAAGAUGAUGAACUAUCACCAAUUGUUCCAUUCAAAGGACCAUCGAAACGUCGAAAUAAUAAUUUACCAAAUUUGAAUAAUAUUUUUCCUAUGAUAUUUAGAUUUCCAAAGUCAUAUGGAAAAAAUUCACAUGGUGAAUCAUUGCCAGAAUUAAUAACAGCAAUUGCCAACAGUUAUUCAACAGGAAAAGGUGGAGUUGCAAGUUCAGUUGCAACUGCAUAUGGUGGACCAUCAAAUGGAAGUAAAAAAAAACAAUCAAAGCUAUCAAACUGAAUGAAAAUGAUUUCUAAUUUUAUAUUUCUUUUUUAAUAAAAAAUAUUAACAAUAAUAAAUAAUCAACAUAAUAAUUAGUAUGUAAAUUGAAUUAAUGGCAAAAAAAAAAAAAAAAAACGAAAAUUAUUUUAAUUGAAUAACCAAGUUGUAAAUGAAUAAAAAUAAAAUUAAAAAAAUUGA